GGGGUUCAAAAAUGUUAACGAGAUGGUGAGCAAUUCCAACCUCCAUGAAACACUCAAAGUGAUUGUUCGCCUCCGGGGUUGAAGAAGAAAGACAGAUGAUCCCAGCUUCUAAGUUUUGUUUUAGCCUUUUACCAAACAAUACUAUUGCCUUCUCUCUUUACUUUAAAAAGCUUGUGUGUGUGUGCAAACCGUUUCUUUUUUUCUCUUAGUUUCCCGGUAAAGUUGGAACCUUUAGCAGUUGUAUCCUCCAUUGGAUUCAAACUCUUUUAAAGGAGAUGCUUCUCAAAAAUCAAUUUUCUUCAUUUCCCUAGUUAUAAAUAUUCUUAUAUAAAUAGUUUCUAACCGCCGAAUUUGUAUUGUCUUUGGGGCAGUCUUGCUCGUUUUGACGAAUGCACACCAGCUGUUCGACCAUUUGUCUCAUCCCCAUCCCCCUAGUUUGCCUUUCUCACACUUUGACAUGUUUUCUCAGACCUUCUCCAACUCUGUGAAGCCACUCCACUCCAUAAUUAGGACCCAUCAAAUCCGAUCCUUCUCCCGUGACCCCUUCCCAAACAAACUCCAACACUACCUUUACCGAGCCAACCUCAUCGAUUCUAUCCGCCUCUCCCUCCGCUCCACAGAUCCCGCCGACCUAACCACUCUUCUAAACCACCGUCUCCUCGAUUCCUUCGUCCUCAAAAACGCUCUACGCUCCUCCCCUUCCCUCUCUUCCGCUUGGUCCAUCUUCAAAUCCCUCCGCAAGAUCAACCCUCAUUCUCCAUACGAAACCGAAACACUCCACGCCUUCGCCACCGUUCUCGCAAAGUUCCACCAAUCUUCACACCUCAAAUCUCUUAUCGCACUUGUCCACGCUGGCAAAUUCCGCCAUGUUCAUCAUUUCAGCUUUAUGAAUCUCAUGAACUUGUAUGCAACCUCCGGCGAUUUCGACUCCGUUCUCAAGACCUGGCAGAACGAGUAUAUAUCCUCCAAAGAGGAGGAGAAAAGAUGCACCGAGUCUUACAACAUUGUGAUGCAAGUUUACGUGAGUUUAGGUAAAGAUUCAGAGGCUGUGCAGACUUUUGAUCUGAUGAUUAACGAUGGAAGGAUCCCUAAUUCAAGAACCUUCACGAUUAUGAUUGAGCAUCUGUUGAAAUCAGGGAAUCUUGAUGCUGCCAUGAAGGUUUUCGAGACCUUGCCUUUGAUGAGAGUUACAAGAACUCUUAAGCAUUACUCUCUUCUUGUUGAAGCCUUUGUUGAUGCUCAAAGGUUUGAUCAAGUCAAGACUCUGCUUUCUGAGAUGAAAUCCGAUGGGAAGUUCCCGAGUAGACGCAUGCUUGAGCCUCUCAAAAGGAUGAGAGAUGCUGGAUUUGAGGAAGAGACUGAAGAGUUUUUGAGAGAGAUGUUGCCUGAUGAGAGAAUCAAAGACAUUUCUGUGCAUUAUUCCAUGGACAAUCCCAGCGAUAACGAAGAAGAUGAUGAUGUUAAUGAUGAUCAAGUGAAGUUGAAGCCAUGGCUGGAUCCAAAAGCUUUAGCUAAUUCGUUAAAGAAGUGGAACUCUGAUACUGUCAUUGCUUUGGAAGAAGCUAACUUCGUCUGGACUAAUCUUUUGGUCUGCAAGAUGCUGAGGAACUUUAGAUCCCAUGAAACGGCAUGGAGUUUCUUCUGCUGGGUGGCGGUUCAGCCUGGUUUCACACAUGACGCCUACACGAUCGAGAGAAUGAUGGCUAUGUUAGCACGCAACGGGCAGGUUGAGCUGGUUGAUAAGCUCAUUUCUAAAGUAAGAAUGGAAGGGAUCAAACUACCAUUCAGCACCAUCAGGCUGAUCAUUGAUCUCUACGGAGUUUCAAAGAAACCAGAAGCAGCCAUAAAGGUUUUCCGCCACGACAGAACACUCUGCGGUGGUUCAGUUUCGGGUUUCAACCUCAUGCUCUUGUAUUCAUCACUCUUGAGAACGUUAACAAAGUGCAAGAGAAACGCAGAAGCUCUGGAAACGCUAGAAGAGAUGGUUUCUACCGGAGUGUCUCCUGAUAUCCAGACGUUUUCGGGUUUAAUGUAUCACUUUGCGUUGCAGGGAGAGAUUCAGACAGUUCAGAGACUUUUCUCAAUGGUGAGACAGAUCGGUCUGGAGCCAGAUCCUUACAUGUUGAAGCUUCUUGUCCAAGCUUAUUGCAGAUGCGAAAGAUCAGUGCUUGCUUUUAGAGUGUUCCAAGACAUGAAGGACUUGAAUCUGAUCCCUGACAGAGAGACUAAAGAGCUGCUUGUGAGGAGUCUCUGGAGAGAAGAGAAGCGAAAAGAGGCGGCUGCGGUUGAAGAAAGCAGUUACUGCGAAGAGGAAGGCAAUAAUAAUAAUGGUAGCGUUCUGCGUUUGGCGUUGAAAGGUCAUGUGUGGAAUUUUAGUUCAACAGAUAUCACUAGAGUCUACAAUCUCUACCGCAAUUGUAUUUUGAAAACUCCUAACGCAAUCGUAUUUUGAAAACUCCUAAACGUUUCUGUCAUGCUUGUUUCCAAGUGGUUUAGUUUUAUUGGUCUAGUGAUCGUUUAAGACCCGAUUGGUUUCUGUAUUAAUGUGCUAUAUUUAUGGUCAAGCAAGAAAGAACACGAC